GUGGAUCUAUAUUUGCUCCUUUUUCCCUCCUCCAUGUUUUAUCAGAUUCUGCUGAAAGAUACCGACAGCUCAUUACCACCUCGAUGCUUCAGAGAUACGGAAUGAUCAGAGCAGCAGAAGCAACUGAACCCAAAGCUCAGCCGUCGCCUUUCAGCCAAACCUUCGUCAACCUGGUGAUUCGUCAGAGCAAAGGUGGUCGGAUGAGGGAAAGGGGGGAGAUAGCUCUGCACGAUACAGAGGAGCACAGGAACACCACCCUGAGACUGUCUGAGCUUUUUGAAAGUGCCCACAUGGGGACCACCAAGGUUGUCCUUCUUCUGGGAAAACCAGGGAUGGGGAAGACAAGGCUUAUGCACCAGAUCUGCCAGCAGUGGGCAGAGGGAGGCCUCCCACAAUUCCAGCUGAUUUUCUUCUUUGAGUUCCGACAGCUGAACCUGAUCAGCAGAAAACUUUCUCUCCAAGAACUUCUCUUCGACUUCUUCCUCAGGCCAGAAGAUUGUCCUGAUGCUGUGUUUGAACACAUCCUAGAAGACGCCCAGCACACGCUGGUGAUAUUUGAUGGGCUGGACGAGUUUGUGGAGAACGUCCAGCUCCCAGGUCCUCCUCACACUAUCUUCCCAGAUCCUCUCAACCCUCUCUCCAUAUCAGACCUUUUUGCAAGUCUUUGCCUUGGGAAAUUCUUGCCAGGCUCGACCGUGCUGGUCACGACCCGUCCAAAGAUAGUCCCGGAUGCUUUAUUGAAAACAGACACCCUCCUGGCAGAAAUCUGGGGCUUUGACCGUGAAAAGGUGGAGGAAUACGUUGGCUAUUUUUUCCACCAGCAUUCCCUCAAGGAGAAAGCCAUCGCUCACCUCAAAAGCAAUGGCAAACUCCUGAGCAUGUGUUAUAUCCCCGCCUUGUGUAAUAUCAUCUGCAUUUGCCUGGAGUAUCUGCUCCUCCAUGAUGCAGGGAGAGUCCAGCUCCCUCAAACCAUGACCCAGUUCUACAUCGAGAUGCUCCUCACCUUCAUAGGCAAGGAUCAGAAGCUGAGGGCUUUGAGCGAAGAAGUCGACUUGAGUCAACACGAAGCGACUCUCGCAGGCCUCUCUGAGUUGGCCUUCAAGGGUCUGGAAGGAAAUAAGAUGUUGUUUUAUGCUGACGAGGUCCCAGAAGACGUGAAGCAUUUUGCUUGCCUGUAUGGGCUCCUGGUGUCCUUUGAGGUAAAGACCAGCAAUGGACACACACAGGCUGGCUACACUUUUGUCCACUUCAGCCUGCAAGAGUUCUUUGCGGCCCUCUUCCUGCUGACAAGCAAAGCAGUUGAUGGCAACUUCCUGAAGCAGAACUUCUUCCUGAGGUCUAAGUGGACGAUGAAGAGAGAAGCAAGGGUGCCCUUCACAGAGAACUGCCACAUCUUCCUGUCUGGCCUCUCGUCUCGCGGGUGCCAGAAGUUCCUCAGCUCUUUAGCCGGGCAGUGCGAUGCCCAGGUCCAGGAACGUCAAGCCAUCAUUGUGCAGAUGCUGAAGAAACUGGGGGAUGCUUCUCUCACAGGGCCUAGGAUAGCUGAGCUGUGCCACUGUGUGCACGAGACACAGGACCAGGAACUGGCCCGGCAUGUCGGGAAGCAGCUAAACUUCAGGUAUCAGUUCAGAAACUUCCGGCUGAUGCCGCUGGACAUGGCUGCCCUGGCUUUUGUCAUCAGCAGCAGCCACCCUCACUUGGUGUGCCUGGACUUUGUGGGAUGCCCCAUGGAAGUGGACUAUCUGGAUGUCUUUGGCAGCUGUGAAAAUAUAAAGAGCCUGAGCUUUAGGAGCAGGAGAUGUGGGAAUGAGUUUGCUGCUGUCCUGUCCAAGACCCUGCCGAAGAUCAAAUGCCUGACAACUUUCCAGUUAGCCGGUGGAAAUAUUUCAACCCCAGGACUUGAAGAUCUGAUGCGAGCUUUUCCAAACUGCCAUCAGCUGGAAGACAUAAACUUGCAGGACAACAGACUGAAGAGGCAGGAAAUGAUCAAAACUACAGAAAUAUUUUCCACUGUGGAUAAGCUCAAAAAGCUUGACUUAAGCUACAACGAGCUUUCAGUGAGCACCGUCCUUGCUUUUUCCAGAGCUGCUGUUGUUUGUCCAAAUGUGACCAAGCUCCAUAUCAGGAAGGAUGUUUUGAUAGUCUCCUUCACUGGCCAAUUCAGUAAAAGUCAGAGGUUGAAAGAAGAGGGAAUAAAAGAAGAGAAAGAUGUCCCUAAGCCUAGCACUUUAAUAUUACGAUUGCAGGAUUGCCAGUUUGAUUCACAGUGGGUAGAGGAGCUGGCUGAGGUUCUCCAGAGGUGUUCCCACCUUUCUGAAAUUGAUUUGUCAGGUAACCGACUCGGUGAUGAAGGAUGCAGGAAGCUGAUGAAGAUGGUGCCCAGAAUGUGCAUUUCUGGCCCUCUGAAUUUAAACAACAACCAGCUGUCUCUGAACAGCAUCUUCUGUCUCCUGGAGUCAAUGAGUCUUUGUCCAAAUAUAGUGAAGCUUAACGCCAGUGUUCAUCACCAAGCUGCAAUCUUGACCCUUGUUGGCAAAGACAUUGCUGGUGGCGCUCAGCCCAGGAGUUCCUCAUUUAACACUGACCUGUCAAGCACAGGUGGACAUCUCUUGGUGGCAACAGCGAGGAAAAUAUGCUUGACGGACAAUAAUUUUCAGGAUGGAGAUCUGAAGAACUUGUGCUUGGCCUUGAGGAGGUGCACUGGUGUAACUGAGUUAGACUUGUCCAGUAAUUCUCUGGGCGACGCAGGUGUCUUGAAGGUGGCUGAGCUCCUUCCUCAUCUGAACGCAUUACGUUCUUUAACGCUGGAUCAUAACAACAUGUCUAUGGACGGGGCCUUUCGCUUGGUGCAAUGCUUCGCUGACUUGGAACAUAUGACGUCCAUGGAGCUAUGUUUGGGAAGCACCCAGAAAGUUCGCUUAACAUUUGGGGAAAGAAUAAGUCCCCAAAUGCUCCGUGUGACUGGUGAGCAUAGGAGGGAGCUGCUGGAUUCGGUACCUAACUCAAUCUAUGACCGCUGCUUUUGUCUCAAGGAAUGUAUGAUGGACCUAAAGGAUGUUGACCGAUUGUUUAAACGUCUAAGUACAUGUUCCGGACUGACCAAGAUCAACUUGUCUGGCAACUCGCUGAAUGAUCAAAGUGUUGAACGACUUCUGAAACUCCUGCCCUACCUCAACAGUGUGGAGCUCUUAAGCAUCACAGAGAGCAAGUUUUCAUCACAUUGUGUUUGCUUGCUGGCCAACUCAGUUAACCAGUGUAAGAGAAUCUGCAGAGUGGAAGUCAGAUCAAGUGAAAAUGCUUUCCUGCAUUUUGUGAAAAGUAAAGAAAGCCAAGAAAUAUGCUGCAGACUAACUGAUUGUGGCAUUGGCAAGUGGGAGAUCGUAGAGCUGUGCCCCAUCUUUGAGAAGUGUGACCGUCUUGCAGAACUGGAUCUUUCUGGAAACCAUCUUGGCAAUGAAGGACUAAGUUGCCUCUUAGAACAUUUGCCCAGGACCCACAUUCCCUGCCUGAUGAAAAUCAACCACAACGGGGUUUCACAAGAUGGCAUUCUCCAUCUCGCUCAUGUCUUUGCCACGUGCCAAAAUGUGGCUGAAGUUCAUGUGAGUUUGUGCUCUGAGGCAACACUGCUGAUCACCCUAGUGAGAGAAGAUAAACCUCGAAAGAUCCUGAGUAUGAAGCACUGCUGUUUCCAAGCAAAACAUCUGGCAUUGCUAUCCUCUUCUCUGGCCAAGUGCCUUGCUCUGAGCGACUUCACGUCAGCUAAUAAUGGCAUGAUGCUCAGCAGUGCAGAAGAUCUACUCAGGGCCUUAAGGAAAUCGGAGGGCAUGCUAAGAAUAGGCAUCGAAGAGCCUUGGGUGAAAGAUGAAAGCAUCAUUAUCCUUCUGAAGCUGGCUGCAGAAGUCCAGGGAAACAUCACAGCCAUCACGAUAAGAAGAGACCAGGCCCUCUUCGUAGUGGAACAGGAAUUUCCUCGUCAGGAGGAGAAAGUGGAGUCCGUGGUCAGCCGGUUGCAUCAGUGUGAACUGGAAGCCAAAGGAGUCUGCUUUCUGCCGAAGCUCAUUGAGAAAUGUAGACAACUCUGGGCGUUAAACUGGUCUCAGGUACAGUUCACUGAUGCUGAAGCAGAAACCAUCUCUGACACACUGCCACAUUUUCCAUCACUGAAGAAACUUGGGUUAACCUGUUGCAGUUUCUUCCCCCCCGGAAUGGAGCACCUGGCUGAAGCAUUGCAUCAGUGCCACACUAUUGAAGACAUUGACUUUUCCAAAAGUGAACUUGGCAUGGACAUCAGUGCUCUGAUGAACGCUCUGGAGGGAAAACUUCACCUGAAGAGCAUAAACCUUGGCUCUCUGAAUCUCAGCGAUGCAGAUAUCCUCAAUCUGACCUCCAGACUCUCAGCAAUGCCUUUCCUGAAAAGACUCAUUUUGAAUAAAAACCGUCUUGGUGGCGAGUCUUGUUCACACCUUGCACAAGUUUUGAAGAAUGCCAUUCACAUGGGAAAAAUUGAUUUGAGCCACAACAAGAUUGAUGAUGCUGGCAUAAAAGAAAUCGCUAUGGCCAUUCCAGAAAUGCAGAGCGUGAAGCAAAUCGACCUCUCUAGCAACAGCAUUGGUUCUGCCGGUGGACAGUGUUUUGUGGAGGCUCUGAAGCACAGUGAGAACCUGGAGGUGCUCAAACUAUCUGGGAACAAUAUUGGAAACGAGACGCUGGAAAAACUGGCUCCAGUUCUGCCCAACUUGCACUGCCUGAAGGUCCUUCACCUGGCAUCCUGUGGCUUUGACUCGGAGGGAGUGGUUUGUUUGGCCAGAGUCCUCUUCCAUUGUCCACAAAUAGAGGAAAUCAGUUUGUCCGAAAACAGCAUUGGGCACAAGGGUGCCAUGGCACUCGCAGAACACCUGCCACAGCCCUCCUCAAAACUCAGGAAGAUUGAACUGAAGGUCUGCGGCCUCAUCGACUACACUUCUAAGAGUCUCAUCCUUGGUGUCAGCCAGUGCCCUCUUCUGGAAGAGAUUAUCCUGUCCUGGAACAAACUUGGUGAUGAAAGUGCUCUGGAGCUGGCCAAGGUUCUCCCUCGGAUGGCAAAGUUGAAAGUACUGGACCUGGACAACAACUACAUUACUGCUUGUGGGGCCAGAAGGCUCACAAAGGAACUUGCACAGUGUCAAGGAAUCCAGAUAAUACGUCUGUGGCACAAUCAGAUACCGAGCGAUGUUGAACAAAAGCUGAGGAAGGAAGAGCCACGGCUGCAUUUUGCCUUCUUUUGAUGAACCAGCAGGGAGGGAAUCUGGCUCCUGCCAGGCAUGGUUUUGCUGCUGGCCAAGGAAAAGAAGGAAACUGAGCAGGAUUCUGGGCUAGCACAUAGGUACUGCAACUUCUAAAGAGAAACAGAAGCUGCAUGAUUAUACUUCAUCCUCGUGGCCAGAAAUGAACAGCUUCUGCUUCCUCUGCUUCUUUGGCGACCACUCGUAGCCGAGUAAAAUUGUCUUCCAUGAACACGGUAUUAACAGUGAGUCCAUAAGUGACUG